AGGCAACCCAGUUUAACCUGUGAGAAGAGAUUUGUGAGCUUCAGGACCUGCUAAGAGAUUAUCUUCUUAAGUGUUUUGUUGGGAAAGGUGUUGGAACAUGGCCGGCAUGGAGCACAAUCUCAGCCUGGCAGAUGCCCUGAGCGAGCCACCACCACAGAUUGAGGAGGAGGUGAAGCGGGAUUUCAUCGCCAGCCUGGAAGCAGAGAAGUUUGAUGAUGUGAUCGGAGAAAAGGUUGGCAAGACAGACUAUGUCCCUCUCCUAGAUGACGACGACCCAGACGCCGGAAACCAGGAGGCCAAAGCCAAACCGCGUGCCGAGAACGUUCCCAGGGAGCGUCCCUCGGCAACUGGACCGGCAGCUGUGGUUGAGAAUGGUGAUCACGGACUGGAAGGCAAUAGGAAGGGGUCCCCAGGAAAAAUCAUGGAUGAACAAAUGCCUUACAAAGAAUUCCUGGACCACAAUGACUCAUGGACGGUGGAUGACGGGAACCGUUGCUUUGACUCACAGCUAGCGUUUAAGCCUAUGGAUGUGGCAGAACCUUUUAAGAUGCACCGUGAAGACGUCCUGUCUGACCUGCUGCUGCUUCCUCAGGAAAUGAUGGAUGUGCCAACUUUCGGAGAGUAUUUUGGAGCUCCGAAAGAAGUCCAUGGCCCUUAUGGAACUGCAGAGCUGCCUGAACAGCCGCCGCUGGGACUCACCCACUCGCCUGGGACUGCUUUCGACCCCCUGGCCUUCCUUGGCGCGGAGCCUUUGCCGAAUCCGAGCGAAGCAGCAUCUGCAAGACAGAUGGGUCCUCCUGAAGAUUUCUGGUUGGGAACUCAGCACUUAAUGGAGGGACAAGAAGCCACUUUCUUUGAGCCCCCAGAGCCCUGCAAGGUCCCCGAUGAGGCUGAGAGGCACCCACCGGUUGUGGGUGGGAUGGAUUUCCCAGGAGUGCUGACCCCCCCAGAAGCAAACCAGGCUGCAUCAGCAGCAGUUUCUCCUCCAGUUGGUGGUCCUGGUCCUACAAUGGAGGAGCUGAUGGGAUUUGAACCUUCGUUUGACCACAAGCUGCUUCCUCCUAAAGGACUUCAAGCAGGCUUCCUGGAAACUGCAGUGACAAAAGAACAGAAAUCAGAGGUUGAAGACACCACUGUCCUUGCUGCAGGUGGCUGUCCCAUGUUGGAGAAGCAGGAGGAGGGAAGCAAGUUUCUUUACACUUCAGAGGAGAAAGACAGUCAGCCACUUCUUAGCCAGCACCCAGGAGAGCCAACAGCAAUCAUCUUUCCUACCCAGAAAGCAGAUGAGGCCCAGGCAACUCUUCCCUUUCACACUCAGGAAGAGGAGAGUAAAUUUCCCAACUUCAGAGCAGAAGAUCUGGACAUUUAUUCUGCCCAGCAUAUAGAGAAAGUAGAUGAAAGCAAGCUGUCUCUCACCCAGCAGAUGCAGGAAGUGACAAAUCAACUUUCUCCUGCCCAGAAAGCUGAUGGACUUCCACUUUCUCCCACCCAAAAGGUUGAUGCACCUCCACUUUCUCCCCUCCAGAAGGUAGAUGGACCUCCACUUUCUCCUGUCCAGAAAGCUGGUGAGCCUCCACUUUCUCCUGCCCAGAAAGCUGAUGGACCUCCACUUUCUCCCCUCCAGAAGGUAGAUGGACCUCCACUUUCUCCUGCCCAGAAAGCUGGUGGGCCUCCACUUUCUCCUGCUUGGAUAGCUGAUGGACCUCCACUUUCUCCUGUCCGGAAAGCUGAUACCCCUCCACUUUCUCCUGCCCAGAAAGCUGUUACCCCUCCACUUUCUCCUGCGCAGAAAGCUGUUACCCCUCCACUUUCUCCUGCCUGGAAAGCUGAUACACCUCCACUUUCUCCUGCCUGGAAAGCUGAUGGACCUCCUCUUUCUCCUGCCCAGAAAGCUGACACACCUCCACUUUCUCCUGCCCGUAAAGCUGACACACCUCCACUUUCUCCCACCCAACAUGCAGAGAAGGUGGGAGAAAUCAAGGUCCCCCUGAGUCAAUUCAUAGCAGAUCAAGAAGUUAAGUCCCCCUCUUUGCCCAGCCAACCUGUGGAGCACCUUCCUGGGCAGGAGAAGCUUGAUGAGAAGAACAGGCAGCCCCCCAGCACACCUACUGAGAAGCUGAAGGAACACAGUCAGCCAGCACCAACACCUGGGGAGCAUCUUCCAGAUCCUGCAGCAGAGUCGGUGGAAUCUGUACUUUGGGGAAAGACCCAGGCAGAUUCUCCAGGGUCUUUUGUUGAAGAGUCCUCAUUUGUCAAGGCAAAGGAACCACUGGAGCCUCAUCCUGCCCACCCAGUGGAGUUGCCUAGAGAAAAACUGCCUCCAGAACAUGAGGGUGCACCUCCUGCCCAAAUAAGACAAGCUAACAAAUCCAGUGACCACCGCAGGUUUGGCAGAGCAAAGCCUGCCCAGAUGACUGUGGCAGAUGCCCCAGAGGAGCUUCUUGCAGGUUCUCCAACCCAGAAGAGCCACAGUCCAAGAGGAGACCCUUUUUAUGUGGCUGACUUUGGCUCCGUCAGUGGGACUUCUCCCCACAGCAAGAGAUCUCAGAGGAAGGGACCUGGCCAGCCUUUCGAGGUUGCGGAGGGUACAAGAGAGAUAUUGCAAGAGGGUUGGGAUCUGGAAGCUUCAGCAGCCUUGAAGAAGAAGAAGAAGAAACCAAAGCAAAAGAGAGGGCAGCAGCUGCGGGUAGUGGAAACAUGGGAGGACAACUCUAGAAAGUUAAGAACUCCUCUGGCUGCUGCUGAACCUCAAAAAGCUCUCCAUGAAAGUGCCAAAGAGGUCUCGUGGGCCUCCACAGAAAUCCCCGGAAAGGAUACUUUGAAGCUUGGUAAAGAAGGACAACUGCGGGAUGGUCAGCACCUUCCACCACUUCCUCCAACAGACAUGCCUGGCCUGCAGAUUGAAGGCCCUUCCAGAUCUGCAUUGGACACAAAACCAGGAGAGUUGAGCCAAGCUAAAUCAGCGAUGGAUGACAGCUUAGCAUUGCAGCCAAAAAGUAAAAGGGGAGAACUUUCUGAUGAGCUGCUGAAGCACCACAUUGAGCAGAACAAGCAGGAAAGCCCAACUUCUCCCCUAGCUCAGACCAGUCCUGGGGAAAUAAGUCCGUUUGGGAAAAAUGUACAGUUAGAGCCUCUGUCUCCCAAGAACUCAAACAUUGAUGCUUCAGCUCAGGAGACCAAAUCUGCAGCGAUGCAGAAAAUUGAGGUCCCGACAGUAGAGCCUGUGGUUGCAAGUGAGAAGGUUGCCCCAGGGUGGCAAGGCCUUGAAAGGGACGAGGGGUUGCUAGAAAAGCCAAAGAAACUGGAGGGGGCUUUGAAGAAUGACAGGGCUGGCAUGGGAGGGGUCGGCCUUCCAGCUGAACCAAAGAUGGCUGAGGCAACUGAAGGAGGGAGUUCUCUUCAUCGAGACAGGGAAGGAGGCUCUGUUGCCUCAGAGAUCCCAAAAGAAAGAGAGGCCAAAGGGAGCCUCUCCACAAGAAGCGAAAAGCCUGAUUUUAAUUCUGCAAAAAUUCCCCUGGUGGCGGAAACCAAGUUGGAUCCAGCAAAACCCUUCUUUGCUGCUGAGGCAAUUGGCGGUGGCCCAGUGCCUUUCACCAGUACAACCGAGGAAGUCCUUGGUACCACCCCUCCAGAACAGCCGGCUGGGCCCAAAAAGAGGGGCAGCGAUGGGAAAAGCAAGAGAGUGAAGCACUUCCCGGAGCCACGGCUGUUUCCUUCAGAGGAGAAGGCUGGUUUGAGCAAAGCUUCAGCUGCGGUAGAAGUUGAGGCACCUGGCGAAAUCAGUUUGGCAGCCAGGGGCCCAGAAGAGAGUUUUCCCACCUCUUCAGGAGCGAGAGAGAAGCCAAAGAAGAGAUCUAGCAAUGGGAAGAGCAGAAAAGCUGAGGAGAGAAGCUCCUUCAGGCAGCCCUUUUUCUCCAGCAUGGAGGGUAGCAGAGACUUCCUUCCCUCUCAGCAGGGCUGGCCUGACCAAACCAAACAGAGAGCGGAUUAUCCAAAAGAGGGGACUGACAUCUUAGCUGCAAGCCAGCUGUUGGAAAGUGCUGCAGAUGCCGUGAAACAACACAGCCCUCCUCCUGUAACCUUGACAGAACAUGCCAAAGGGGCUCCAGCUGGAUCUGGUGAAAGGGUUGACUUGCCUCCAUCAGCAUAUCCCUUCAUCUUGGAGGCCCCUGGCAAGCAGACAGAAUGCCAGGCUCUCACUGAGUCCACUGUCCAAACAAAGGAAACAGGCAGUCCAAAUCAAAACAAGGGACUUAGCCUCACCGGUUUAGAGAGCCCACCUGGAGGAGACCCCACUUUGGUGUUGCCCACAAGCAAACCCAAAAAGAGGAGCAGUGAUGGGAAAAGCAAAAAAUCUGAGAAAAGUUCCUCAGAACAGCCACUCUUCCUGGAGAAAAAGUCGGAUGUAAUCAAGCCUUCCAAGAAAACUGAUGUAGCUAAGGAAACAGGCUCUCCUGAGAAAAGUCAAGUGCCAGAACUGCCAGGUGCCACCGAAGUCCACGUCCCUGCUGAAAAACUGCUGGAAAAAACAGGAGGGAAUCAGGGGAAGAGCCUAUGCUUUGAGCAGCUGCCCACCCCUGAGGAGAAACCUAGCACUGCCAAGACAGAAGAGCUCACUAAAACCAAAGAAACACCUUCUAGUGAGAAGGGGCAGGAAGCUAACCUAGAGCAAUUUGGGGAGGGUACACCAAAGCCACAUGUUGCUCUGCCUCAAGUGCCGGAAGAGCUGAAGAUACAGGAUACUGAACGGCAAAGCCUCCAAGUUCCUGAGGUUUUGGAGGUGAAGCCAGAACCAUCUGGUGAACAUCACAAACUAGCUAAGACUGAGGAGGUACCCUCCUCUGAUGGUAGCAAGGAGGAGGCAUCACAGCAUCUCCUCAAGGAUGCAAAACCUACAGGCCAGGUUCCUGCUAAGCUAUUUGUUGACGAAACAUUCAGAGGAGAAGAGAAAGGAAAGAGUAGACAGGACAUGCCUAGUUUGGAACAAUCUGUUCAUUCGCUGGGCAGGUCAGACACUGGUACAGUUUUAGAUGCUGAGAGAAAGACGAAGACCAAAGGGUCAACUGCUUCCAGAAGCAGCAAACAGAAAAAAGAUGGUGGCUCUGAUCUUUCAGAUCAGCAAGCCCCGCUUGCAAAACCUGAAAAGAAAGGUAGCGAAAAGAAAAGUAAAAAGGCUCUGAUUGUCCCUCCACAGCCUGGUGUUGCACAAACUAAGGAAGAAGUAAACGAAGAGCAGCCUUGUAGGGUGGGUGGGUUGGACUUUACUGUGGGAGAAGCUGAGGUUGUAGAUGAGAACAGGAACAUCAAAGGCUUUCCCUCUGGACAUCAGCUGCAUUGGGAAGAGGACCUCACGAAUGUAUUUGAACCGGCUAGCGCUCUUGAUGAAACCACCUCUGAAAGUCAGGGGACCCGCUGCCCCUUUUUAGAACACCCCAGCAAAUUUGCUGAUGUACUAAGCAAGGAGCAGCUUUUUCUUCCCAAAUUACUGCAAGAUCCCGAGCAAGGGGACCAGAAGAUUCUGGAGGAGCUACAGGAGAAUUUAGCAAAGCUUGAAGGUAGAGAGGCCGUAGCAGAAGCUUCUCUUUUAAUGAAAGCUGGUGAUGAAAUUAGGGAGAAGAGGAAGAAAAGCAAACGGGCACCGGCAGACCGUCUUUUCAAACCAAAAACAGAAAAGGAUCAGGUUUCCAGUUUAAUAGAAAGUGGAGGAAUAAACCUCUGUGGCAAAAUACAAGGCUCACCAGAAGUGGUGGUGGAGGAGAAGCCAAAGAUGGCUCCUGUGCUGGUUGCUGAAAUAGAAGGAAGUGGUUCUGUUGGAGAAGCCAGUGACCUCCCUAUGGAAAUGCCAACUCUUAAGGAGUCUGGUAAGGAAAAUGCAAUUCUCCAGGCUAUAACAACUGCACUUGAUGGUGGUAGUUCUGAGCCAGGAACGUUAGCAGAAAAUAGAAAAGAAGCUGAACUGAGGACUUCUGAGUGCCCAGAUAGUUCAGGAAGUAAGACGAGAACAGAUAAGCCCCUGGAGGAUGUCCCUGUGGAGGAAGUGGGCUCUGCUCAUAAGCCCAAAGUCUCUUCCGAUCAUCUGGAGCCAGAUGACGGGAAUGAGGCAAAGAUCAGCCCCAUAGUCCAACCAGCCAGCAAGGAAGAGGCAGGUCUACUGGGAGAGGCAACUGAACCGAAAGAUGUGCAGAACCUGGGAUUGGCAGCCAGGGAACAACUAGAGUCAAUUUCGCCGGCUGUGGCCGAUCAUGGUGACCAAGGGCCGAGAGAGACCAAGAAAGCAGGGCGAGCCAGAGCCCCUCAGCAAAUGAAAGGCUACAUGAGACCCACCAAAUCAAGAGGGCUUCCUCCUCCUCCUCCUCCUCCUUCCCUGAGGGACGCUGUUCAAGAGCAAGGCAGGAGAAGGCCUGCAAAGUCUGAUGCCCCAGUUCUUCACAGGCAAGAGAAAGAAGAAGUAAAGGGAGUGGCGGAGGUUGCACCCGCAGAGGACACGGCAGUGCUUCCCAGCAAGGACCUCCCACCAAGUCCGGAGAAGAAAGCCAAGCCUUCGGCCACCGCUCCUGCGGCAAAGCCCGCUACUGCGAAAGCCAGGCCCGGGCCCGCUGGUGCUCCCCCUGCCAAGCGGCCAGCUCCUGCUACGCCGGGCCAAAGCAAAAAGGCCACCGUGCCAGCCACGGGGCCCUCCGCAGCCGCCACUCCUAAACGCCCAGCGACCAGCGUCUCACGACCCUCCAGCUUAACUCCCAGAGAAGUUAAACCAAAGGGGCCAGAUGUUAAGAGCCCGGAGAAGCGCGUCUCUCCUUCCAAACCCCCAUCUGCUGCAACGCCUCGGCCAAGCGUGAAGACCAGUCCGGCCACUCCCAGGCCUUCGGUGCUGGCCACGAGUGGGACUUCCCCCAGUCCGAGGAGCACAGCUGCUUCCCCCCCGAAGAAGCCCUCCACCAUCAAGACGGAGGUCAAGGCCGCCGAUGCCAGGAAGACCACUGCAAAAUCACCAACAGCCGACCCGAGCCGUCCCAAGAGUGCCCCGGCUUCCACCACCCCUUCUCCCGCCCCGCCUGGAACUGCUGCCAGCCGUCCCAAGGCCAAGCCAGCUACUCCCAAGCCCUUGGGGACAGCGAGCACCACGGUGGACUCCAAGAAGGCGUCGGCGGCUCUCAAGGCAGUUCCCAAAACCAGUCCAGUUCCCAAGCCUCCACGGCCCCCCACCAGCGUUUCUGUCCCCGACCUGAAGAACGUCCGGUCCAAGAUCGGGUCCACGGAUAACAUCAAGCACCAGCCGGGCGGAGGAAAGGCCAAAGUAGAGAGAAAGGCAGAAUCAGCCGGGGCUGCCCGAAAGCCUGAACUCAAUGCGGUAUCUAAAAUGACUACCAGUAAAACUGCUGUUUCUAAAGAGGGGGCCCAAAAGCUGCCCAAUGGGAAAGUCCAGAUAGUCUCCAAAAAAGCGAACUACAGCCACGUCCAGUCCAAGUGUGGGUCCAAGGACAAUAUUAAGCAUGUCCCUGGAGGUGGGAAUGUUCCAAAUGCCCCCAAGCCAGCUUCAGGCAGCCAUUCCCAGCCAUCGACCGCCCCCAGGCCCAGCCCGGGCAGUACCAAUGUGCAGAUCCUGAACAAGAAAAUUGACCUUUCUAAAGUGUCUUCAAAGUGUGGUUCAAAGACAAACAUCAAGCAUAAGCCAGGGGGAGGAGACAUCAAGAUCGAGAACCAGAAGUUGAACUUCAAGGAGAAGGCCCAGGCUAAGGUGGGCUCUCUGGACAAUGUCGGGCAUGUGCCAGCUGGGGGCACUGUGAAGACUGAGGGGGGCGAGGAGGCAGCCCCCGAGAACGGAGCUGCUGCGACAGUGCCCCCGUCGGGCAGCAGUGCCCCGCAGGAGAAUGGCGCGGGGCCGACCGUGCCCCCUCAGGGCAAUGGCGACCAAAGGGAAAUUCAGUGCUUCAACACUCACAUACAAGAGACAAGCAUUUAACGAUGACAUUCUGGUAUCGCCUUCCGCCCCUUCUCUCUCCCCCCUUUCCCGCCCCCACUGUGUCGCUGCAGAUUGAAUCCCACAAGCUGACCUUCCGUGAGAACGCCAAGGCCCGCACGGACCACGGAGCGGAUUUCGCGGUCUGCGCCGGCAGCCCCCCCGCCUCGCCUCCGCUGAGCGCCUCCAUCAGCGAGAGCCCGGGCACCGCCACCGCCGCCUCCUUGCCCCUGCCGCUGCCCUGGCGGGCUCCCCUCGCGGAAGAGACCUCUGCCGUGCUCUCUCGGCCAGGCUUGUGACUCUCUUUCCUGCCCUGCGCCCCCCACCCCCUGAUCCGCCCCCCUGAGCCUGCCUCCCUUAACCCCACCCAGAGCCCGAUGGGGAGCCUGGAAGGGGCUGCCGA